GGGCCGAUGCGCCGGAGGUUGAGCAACUCCUCGCCAUCGCAUCUUCCACCUCGAGCUGAAUCUGGUACAGUCGACCAACCGCGAGGGCUAUUGAGGUGCGCAGCAGCAAUCCUGUUCCUGCAUGCAGUGAGACAAGUGUCGUAUUUUCAGAAGCUAAAGAGAGGGGCUGCUCUAUUGUUCCCACAUCCCAGCCGGUGGCGCGUGCUUCUUCUCGGCGGCGCGUGUUGGACGAGCCCAAAUUAAACUUUAACAAGGCCCGUGUAUAGGAUCUAUGGGCUCAUAAAUUGGGCCGAGUCCGGCCCAAUAGGAACUCCCGCCACUCCGCUUCUCCCGCCGGUUAACGGAACAAAAACGGAAUCCGUCGGAUUCCGUUCCAUGCGCCUGAGACUUGGUGGUGAUCCCUCCUCUCAGGUCAACUCCCUCUCUCUCUCUCUCUCUCUCUCUCUCACUCUCCCGCGACAAAACGAAACGUACACACAAGAAGAAACAUUCGAGCGGGACGGCAACGAAAUCCCCAACAAUCUCGAGAAACCUAAGACUUGUUGUUGCUGCUGAUAGCAUUCAUUCUCAAUUCGAUCCUCUCCGGCAGCUGCGAUUUCCCCCCAGCUGUAGGACGGUGGCGAUGAGCAGCCAGCAGGAGGACGGGGACAAAACCCCUGCUGUUGUUGCCGUGAUGGCAUCGGCGUCGGCAACGGCAUCGAGGGGCGGAGGUGCUACGAGGUCGUGGGGAACCACGGUGUCAGGGCAGUCGGUGUCCACGAGCGGCAGCGCAGGGUCGCCUUCCAGCAGGAGCGAGCCGACGAUGGCGGCUACUCCGGCCAGUGACAGCACCUUCCUACGCAUCAACCACCUCGACACUCAAGGCGAUGACUCUGGUUCCCAAGGAGCUGCUGACAAGAAGAAAAAGAGAGGCCAAAGGGCAGCAGCAGGUGCGGACAAGAGUGGUAGAGGGCUCCGCCAGUUUAGCAUGCGAGUUUGCGAGAAAGUGGAAAGCAAGGGAAGAACUACUUAUAAUGAGGUUGCUGAUGAGCUUGUUGCGGAAUUUGCUGAUCCUUGCAAUAGCUUGACAACCCCCGAUCAGCAACAAUAUGAUGAGAAGAACAUAAGAAGAAGGGUAUAUGAUGCCCUGAAUGUUCUCAUGGCUAUGGACAUUAUAUCAAAAGACAAGAAAGAGAUUCAAUGGAAAGGACUACCUCGUACUAGCCAGAAUGAUAUUGAAGAAUUGAAGAGAGAUCGUCAUCGCAUACGAAACAGCAUUGAAAAGAAAGCAGCAUAUUUGCAGGAACUAGAGGAACAAUUCAUAGGUCUGCAGAACCUGAUACAAAGAAAUGAGCAAUUAUAUUCGGGUGAAAAUGCUCCAAGUGGGGGCAUUGCUUUACCAUUCAUUUUGGUUCAGACGAGGCCCCAUGCAACAGUUGAGGUUGAAAUAUCGGAAGACAUGCAGCUUGUGCAUUUCGAUUUCAGCAGCACUCCGUUUGAGCUUCAUGAUGACAAUUACGUUCUCAAGGCAAUGCAACUGUGUGGAAGACCACAGAGCGAUGAGCCCCCACAAAGAUUUCCUGAAGACAGAGGCGUCGACCCAAGCAUCCCUGACGUAGUUUAUCAGCCGCAACAUGUUCCUCAUCCUAUAGCAUCCGCAGCUGCUCCCUCACGGCCUCCCACCUCUCCUCCUCCCGUCCCCGGAAUUCUCAAGGCACGAGUCAAGCAUGAGCACUGAUGCGACAUGCUCGGGUUCCUAUACCCUGAAGCUGUAGUGUGUAGGAGAACCUUCUCAGAUUCGUUUUUUGUACAUUUUCGGUGUAAAGUAUUAGGAAAUUGGUCAGGCAGGAAUAGGAAAGGACUUGGUUGGUCGAGUCAUGUAAUUUCGGAUCAUGUCAAUCAUUUCCUCGAUCUUCUCGGCCCUUGUAGAUAUAGGAGGGGUCGAGCUCGGGUAUUUUGUUUUGCCUCGGCUUAUACGUUAGGUUUGCGAUGAUCCCACAGGAAUCGAAACAUGGUCACCUCCGCGAUCCAGCUGGUCCUUGUAUCUCUA